ACCAGAUUAAACCAACUCAUAGAGGACUGUAAACUUGCACCUGAAAAUGUGUGGACGUCAUCUUCUAGUGUCAGUUUUACUGUGGAUGGCUGCUGGAAUAUUACAAUGUUCAUUGGGUUAUGACGAAGACCUUCUCUUCAAAACAAUUGUCAGAUGUGGAGAGGCCCCCCAAAUAGAGAAUGGGCAUAUUGUGGAGCGCAGCCUUGUGUAUUUGAAGUAUCAGUGCAGUCCUGAGUAUAUUCUUCAUGGUAUCAACACAGUGCAUUGUUUUAACAACGAAUCAUGGUCUGAAGUGCCCCGCUGCAAAGCCGCUUCAGCCCCCACUGGGUCAAACGACAGCCAUCAGCAGAUGUUCACUCAUGUCGACAAAUGUGGCUCCCCUCCCACAGUAAACAAUGCAGACUUUGAGGUUGAUCCAGGUCAGAUGUUUGUGACAUAUCAAUGUAAUUACUGGUACAAACUAAACGGAACCAGUAUAAUGAGAUGUCUGAAUAACCAAUGGACUCCACCACCCACCUGUAAAGUUGACUUCUGUGAGCUGGAUACGUUUAAAUAUCGUGAUCUGGUGAACACGA